AAAGAGAAAUGCUCCUGACACGGGUGAUUCAAUUGAAUGGACUGAUGCAAACACGACGAUCAUAUGUUCGUUGUUUGCCAAACAAGUUAAGAAAGGAAAUAGAUCGAACACUCAUUUGAACUCAGUAGGCUAUGAUGAGGUCAGCAAUGAAUUUUUCAACCUCACUGCAAUUCGUUUGACCAAGCGUCAAAUGAAGAACAAGUGGGAUAAGUUGAAAACCGAUUUAACGACUUGGAAGAAAUUAAUGAGGAAGCAAACGGGUGCGGGAUGGGACAUCGCAAGAGGUGUGAUUGAUAUGGAUGAUGAGUGGUGGAAGAAGGCAAGGGCGGAGAUUCCAGGUUGCGGCAAGUUUCGAAAAAAACCGUUGCAAAAUGAGGAGGACUUGACAGUGAUGUUUGCUGACAUAACUAAUGAUGAAAGCGAUCAUUGGAAUCCUAUGAGCUCUAAUCCCAUCAUACCACCAACACAAGAGGAUGUUGACAACGGACAUGUGAAUGAGGUUCAUGAUGUCCCUGAUGAUUGUGACGAUGACGGAGUUGCUUGGGAUGAAACAGAUGAGGUCCAAGAGGUUACUCCUUCUCCUACUAUUUUGUUAGCAAACAAAAGAAUUCCACCAGCAAAGAAACAAAGAACUGGAACAGCAAAAGUUAUUCAGGAACAAGUAACUAAGAUUGUUGAGUCCGCUUCCUCUUUUACAUCUAAAAAAUUGGGUGAAGUAACUGUGCAACAAGUCAUGGACCUUGUGUUGGAAUGUGGGGCAGGGUAUGAUACAGAUGAGCAUUAUAUCGCCACAGAGUUGUUUGUGAAGAAGGACCAAAGGGAAAUGUUCAUGACCCUGCCAACAAACGAGAUUAGAUUUAAUUGGCUUCGCAGAAAGUAUAAUGCCAAGUAUGGCAAUUGAGGAAUUGUGUCAUUUUAAUAAUUCUUUUUUGUUCGUAUGAACUAUUGUUAUUGAAACUGCAGUGUUAUUUCAAUUUUUAAUUACUUGUUGGACUGAA